AUGGAUCCCACAAGUAUUGACUAUCAAAAAUGUCUUGAUAUUUUUGAGAUUCUUACCACCAACAAAGAAAGAAUCUUCAAAAAACUCAAGUUAGAGACUGGUAAAAGUUAUCCUGAGAUGGAACUAGAUUUCGAACAUUUGGUAUUAAGUAACAUUAAUCAACGUGCUGAUUUUGUAUUAAUGUCUAAAGUUAAAAAUCACUACAUGUGGAAUGAAUUAAUGCUGCUGAUUAUACAAAAUCAAGCUGAUUUUAGCAUUGAUGAAUUUAACAAUCUUUGGAAAUUGAUUUUAUAUGUUGAAACUCAAUCAUCUGUCAAGGGUUCAUUUUUAACGAAGUCUGAAAGUGCUAACAAGUCAUCAAGUGCUACAUUACAUGACGAAAACGCCAAAUUAGUCAUAAAUUCGAACGGAAAUUAUGUUGAUGUACUAAAUUAUGUCGAAUCAGGCUGGAAAAUGGUGCUUUCCAAAUUAGAGGAGACAUUCAACACUCAAAACAAUAACAAAAAGAAGUCGGCAAAAUUGAUUUCAACAUUGUUUAUAAAUAUGAUAAAUUUUCAUUCAUAUUUUCAAUAUCAAGGAGCUAAUGAAGGAUCAGAAGCUUUUAAACAACUCAAGAUAUUGAUUCAAGAUUCAAUUUACCAUAAAGAGAUAAUUCCAUCUGUGAUAUUGAUAGAUUAUUGUUAUAAUCACAAUCAGCAAGAGAGAGAUUAUUCAAUAGGCUGUAAGACUGUUAAUCUGGUACAAUAUAAUGUAUCAUCUAAUGGAAAUGCUGAAUCUAUCGUUCCAAGAUUGAGAUUAUUUUGUGCUGACUUGAAUUUAAACGCAAUGAAAUCUGAACAAACAAUUUCAAAUAUCGAAAUCAAAUGUCCAAAUCUUAAAGCUGAAUUUUUGAAAGAGUUGGAGGUAAUAGAUGACAUGGACCUUGAGGAAAGAUUUAAAUCAAAGAGAAAUAUCUAUUUAAAUGAAAUUAUAUCACAAAUGUUUGUUGCAAAAUCAACCAUAGGCAUUUUAACUGAUUCGUACACCACUAUCAUCAUUACCAUUCCACUAAAUUUCAAUUUCCAAACCUUAGAUAGAUUUAAAGGAAAUUUCGAAAAAGAUGUACAGUAUUUUUCAUUCGAUAUAGAAGGGUUUAUGUUAAGUGAUGGAAAUCUUUUUGAUUUAAGAGGUGAUUUCGUUACUCUGAACGAUUCUGGUUUGACCCAUAAAUCAAUUUUAUGCUCCUUGAUCUUGAAUCACAUGGAAUAUAUUCCGAGCACUUCAAGUACAGGUAAGGCAAGACAACUAGGAAGCAUUGGUGAGGAAAUUGAAACAAGAAGAUCCAAUUUGACUCAACUUUAUAAUAAAAUUCAAAGAAUACAGAUUCAUAAUCCACAAUCUCCAAAUUUAUCAUUACCAAUUGAGAAUUCACAAGAUCGUGUUAAGGAUAACACUCAAGAGAAAGUUAUUGAUCUUUCAAUGAAUAGAAAUCUUUGUACUAGAACCUAUAAAAUCAAAUCCAAUGAAUUCAUAAAGGUCUUGUAUAAUGAUAGUGAUAAUACCAAGAAUGAAAUAAGUUUAUUGAAACAAAUAAGUGAAGCUAACCACUGGGAAUAUUUGAUUGUCAAAUUCAUCUCAAGGGAUUUAGUUUACUUAAACACUGAAUAUUACAGCCCAAUCAUUCGGUGGGGUUCACCUGGACGCACUGCACGCGAUGAAGCAUAUGCGAAUUGCUGUAAAGAUCAUAUUUAUAAUGAAAGUGAUGCCUUAGAGCUCAUUAGAGGUUAUAAUGAUACAGUGGAUAACGAUGAAAUGAGAAUCAAUGUACCAAAGUUAUUAUUGAGCGGGUUUAUAAAAAAAGGUGAUGGUUCUAUUCUUCAAAAUGAAUACUUUAUAUGUUUGGAACCAAUCAGUUUCAUCGAUAACCAUCCAAAAAAUGAAGUUAAACAAUCAAGGUUCACCAUUAAAGAUGGUCUUAAACAAAUGAGGUUGAUAAACUCAUUGGGUAUUGAUCAUGAAGAUCUUUAUGCGAGAAAUGUUUCAAUAAAUCCUCAAACCAAGGAAGUUUUAAUUUUCGAUUUUAAUAAAUGUACUAUCACUGAACCAAUCCCAUACUCGGAUGAUUUUAGAAGUACAGAUGUCUCAAAUAUGGAGCUUGUUCUUAAUGGUUACCAUAGAUUACUUGAUGAAUUAGAUUGGUGA